AUAAAACACCACGCUUUGGUUUCCUCCUCGACUGUGCUUCUUCUGCCCCAUUCGGACUACGACUACUCACACUCUGUCUUCUUCUUCUUAUCUAAACACAGAUUCAGAGUCCGCGAUUUUGAAAAUACCCAAGUUAAGUUACUACAAAGGCAUUGUCUGUCAAACAACUGUGGUGAUUGGGAACAUUUAUUCGCUUUCCUUCCGGUAAAGCUAUUUGCAACAGAUUUCCUUUUCCUUUUGGUUCAUGGUCUCUCUCAUUCUUCCCCCAUAUAUUUCCUUAUCCGUACCACUAUUGUUUGUUGGGUUUAUGUUCUCUGGGCUUACCCAUUUCCUCCUUUUUAACGUGGAACUUUCUUUGAAAUUUCUCGUUCUUUAAUGACUUUUAUUUUUUCUCCAAGUUAGUAUUUUUCAAUUCAAUAAUGUUAGAUUUCUCACCCUUUCAGGCUUCUCUUUAACUUGUGCUCUCUUCAUCUGCUUUCUUUUUAGUCCCUCUUUAUUCUCCUCGUGUCUUGCUUGCCUCAAAGGAAUCUCUCACUCCUUUUUUUCCACUCUAUUUCACGCCUCCUCCCCCGCACGCUCACUUCGCUUUCAAUGCGAAUCUGAAAAAUCAUCCAUGGAUCAAAGUAUUAUCCCUUCAAUCAAAUACUCUGAACACCUUAACCACACCAAGCUUCUCACUCCUUUCUCAACAACAGCGACAACACACCCAGUGAUGAAGCCCCGAGUUGUACGGAUUUCAGUCACUGAUGGUGACGCAACUGACUCCUCCAGUGACGAAGAGUGUGAACUUUAUACGCGACCUCGGGUCAAGAAGUUUGUCAACGAGAUUACAAUAGAGUCUUGUUCCGACCUAAACGAUGCCGUUUGGAGGAGUAACUCAAAAAUUGCUAGGAAAAAGUCAUCAGGAAAAGUUGGAGUUCCGGCGAAUCUUAAGCCGUCAACGAAGCAGCCGGCUGGUAAGAAGUUUAGAGGUGUACGACAGAGACCUUGGGGGAAAUGGGCUGCUGAGAUUAGAGAUCCUCUGCGACGUGUACGGUUGUGGUUAGGUACUUAUGAUACUGCUGAGGAAGCAGCCAUGGUUUAUGAUAACGCGGCGAUUCAGCUACGUGGACCUGAUGCCCUUACCAACUUCACUACACCUCCUCCGAAUAAGCAGGCGGCUAGCUCCGGCUAUAACUCAGGUGAAGAGUCUCACAACAAAAUUAACAAUCUCGACUCUCCUGUCUCGGUCCUCCGUUGUCCCUCUCUUUCCAACGAAGAAGUUGAGUCGCAAAUGAGCAAAGAAACGCGAGAUGUCUCGAGUGAACCGCGAGAUACAAGAGAAGAAUUGUGUUCGGAAAGUUUCUCUGAGUUCUCGGAUUAUUCAAAGUUCGAUACGUUGUUCAGUAAUGAUGUUUUCGACUUUAAAAGCUCCGUCCCUGAUUUAUUUGACGAGGAUAGUGUAAAAGCUGGGACUUACAAGUUUGAUUUUGAUGAUAUGUUUUUAGUGUCGGAACCGGAUUUCGGGUUCGAACUUCCGAGUUGGCGCGCGGAUGACCACUUUCAAGAUAUCGGUGACUUAUUCGCGUCGGAUCCUCCUAUUUCUGCUAUCUAAAUUUCCGUUUAAAACGAAAUCUCGCACUGUGAAUGUCGGUUUUUCGGCAAGUUUUGUUAUCAGCGGGAAGAAAAUAUCGGAUUUUUUUGGGUUAUUUUUUAAUUUAUUUUUUGUUUUCGAUUUUGUUUGAUAUUUUGUUAUUUUAUAAUAUUAUCAAUUAAUCGCUGUGGACUCCGUUAAGUAAAGGUGACGGACGAGUUUCGUCAA